UGCACGUACAGCCCGUACACACCACACCGUGUCCCGGGACACCCCAGUCAGCCGCAUGGCUUCCCUGUGCCCCAGCCCCUGGCUCCCUCUGUUGAUCCCAGCCCCUACUGUGCAACUGCUGCUGUUGCUACUGCUCCUGGUGCCUGCCCAUCCCCAGAAACUGUCCUGGAUGCAGGGGGAUCACUCUAUGGGAGGAGGUUCAUCUGGGGAAGACAGUCCACUGGGCCAGGAGGAUUUGUACAGUGAAGAGGAUCCACCUGGGGAGGAGGAUUCACCUGAAAUUACUUCUAAACCAGAAGAGGACAACUCCCUGAAGUUAGAGGAUCUACCAACUGUUGAAGCUCCUGGGGACAGUCAAGGUCACCUAAGUAAAGCUCCCGGGAACAAAAAAGGGGAUGGCCACAUUCAUUGGCGCUACGGAGGCAACCCGCCCUGGCCCCAGGUGUCCCCAGCCUGCGCAGGCCGCUUUCAGUCCCCCAUAGAUAUCCGCCCGGAACUCACUGCGUUCAGCCGCGCGCUGCGACCCCCACAACUUCAGGGUUUUGCGCUACCGCCACGUCCSGAACUGCGCCUGCGCAACAAUGGGCACACCGUGCAGCUGACUCUGCCUCCCGGGCUGGAGAUGGCCCUGGGUCCCGGGCGSGAGUACAGAGCCCUGCAGUUGCAUCUGCACUGGGGUACCUCGGAUCGCCCGGGCUCAGAGCACUCUGUUGAUGGCCACCAUUUCCCUGCCGAGAUCCAUGUAGUUCACCUCAGCACUGCAUUUUCGGGAGUUGAUGAGGCCUUGGGGCGCCCGGGAGGCCUGGCGGUUUUGGCCGCCUUCCUACAGGAGGGCCCAGAAGAAAACAAUGCCUAUGAGCAGUUGCUGUCACAUUUGGAAGAAAUUGCUGAGGAAGACUCAGAGAUCUGGGUCCCAGGACUGGAUGUAUCUGCCCUGCUGCCCUCUGACCUCAGCCGCUAUUUCCGAUAUGAGGGAUCUCUGACCACACCCCCCUGUGCCCAAGGGGUCAUCUGGACUGUGUUCAAUCAGACAGUGAGGCUGAGUGCUAAGCAGCUCCACAUCCUCUCCAGUUCCCUGUGGGAAUCUCAUAACUCUCGGCUACAGCUGAACUUCCGAGCCACGCAGCCUUUGAAUGGGCGAAUGAUUGAGGCCUCCUUCCCUGUUGAAGUGGACAGUCACCCUGAGCCAGUCCACAUGAAUUCCUCCUGCCUUGCUGCCGGUGACAUCCUGGCCCUGGUGUUUGGCUUCCUGUUUGCUGUCACCAGUAUCGCCUUCCUUGUGCAGAUGGGGAGGCAGCACAGACACAGAAGUAGGACCAAAGAGGGUGUUAGCUACAGCCCACCAGAGAUGGCGGAAACUGGAGCCUAGAAGCCCGGAACUUGGAAAAUACACAGAUAAGCCAGCUAGAGGAUUAUGGGGGGAGCUGGAAACUUUUUCCUAUUUUGCCCACUAGAUGAUUCCUUUUUAAUUUGCAAAGAAUGUUUCUUCUUCUUUUCCCCCCUAAAGCCACUGAAAUGGGAUCUUAUAGUAACAAAGCAAGAUUGCACUCCCAGAUUUUUUUUAAAAAAUAAAUAUUCCUAACAAAAUGUGUAAGUCACCUUUUUCCCUCAAACCAGAAGGUUGGUAUAUUAGUUUCCCAUUGCUGCUUUAACAAAUUUUCACAAUCUUGGUGGUAAUGCAGAUUCAUUCUUAUAGUUAGUCCAAAAUGAAUUUUAGGUGUCCAAGUCCAGGGGUCAG